AGCAGCAGCAGCUAAUGUGAUGUUGAUGCCUUUGGCUGGGGAUUCAAUGGUACUGUGGGGAAAAGCCCAGCCAUUCCACAGGGACAGUCUGUGGUGGGAGGGAUGAUCUCAAGUUACACAUAAAUAAGCGGGACUGCAGGAUGCUGAUGAGAUUCCCACUGUCAGGAACAUAUUAAAGUGGAACAUUAGGGCAAGCUGCUUGGCCCCAGCAGUGUUCCUGCAGCAUGGCUGGGCUGAGGAGUGAGGGGGACCUGCGGCACCUGCUGAAGCUGCACCGCACCGAGAUCGCCAUGGCGGUGGAUGAUGUCUUCCCGCUGCUGCAUGGCCUGGUUGAUCAUGAUGUAGUCCCAGAGCACAUCUUCAAGGAGACGCUGAGCCGGACAGAGCGGGAGGGCUCCCACCGCGCUUUCCAUGCGCUGCUCACCUGGCUGCUGGGCCGUGAUGCUGCCACUGUCCGUGACUUCUGGGCUGUCCUCUUCAAGGACUACAACCUGGAGCGAUACGCUCGUCUCUGGCCCCUCCGGAGUGUCUUCCCUAGAGGUAGCAGUAGGACAGAGAGACCAGUGCCCCCAGGGGCUGCUGGCAGACAGGGUCGGCGCCUGGGGCCAGUUGUGCCUAUUCCUCCCUCUGUCCCUUUUGCAGAGGUGGAACUGGGACGGCAGCGCCGCAGCAGGCACCUUUCCCCCAGCGCCAUAGCACCAGCCUCACACAGACCGCAAGGCAAGAGGAAGGCCCCUGAGGAGCAAGAUGGGGCCCGAGCCGUGCGGCCGUCCCCACGGCGUGCCACCAGCCCUGGUACAGAGACCCGUAGCAGUAUGGAGAUGGGUGCCUCUUUGUCAGCAGCCCUGCAGGCAGUGGCCACCUCGGUGCAGGGAUCAGUGGCUGUGGCAGGCAGCGAGGUGCCUGUCACUCAUGGGGCCAUCGAGGGCAUCCUUAUCAAACAUGUGCUGGAGCCAGGCAGCAAAGACAGGGAUGAACCAUACACUCCAACCACCUGUGAGGAGCUGGAGACCAGGAGCAGAAGUCGCAGCUUGAAGCCCCUGACCCGGCCUAAGGCAUCCCAAAGUGUACAGAUCCUCCCUCACUUUCACCUCAUCUUCUGCAGCCACCUGAGGCUGCAGCAGGGAGUUGUCACUGCCUGGCAGCACAGCCGUGGCCUGGGGGUGUCUUCCAGCACCAGCCUGUCCCAUCAGAGCCCUCAAAGUCCUCUCCUGUCUUGCCCACAGAGUAGAGAGCACCGAGGGCACACUCAGAGCCAGUUACUGCUGCCCACCAUGCACAGUCAGGACCUUGUACUCCCCCAGGUAAUCCCCAGCAUGUUAGCAUCCCAAGAGACAUCUGAUGAGCUGGGGACUGUCAGGGUGUCCCUGCCAUAUCCCUUUGGCCUGGUUGAACAUAGGCAACUUACGACUCUGCUGACAGGAGUCACUGGGCCACAAUGCAAGAACAGUGCUACUAAGGGACAGGGUGGUGCUCACCCCCUGCCUGCUCCCCAGGGGCAGGAGAACGAGGAUGAGUGUGCAGUGUGUGGUGACGGCGGCGAGCUCAUCUGCUGUGACGGCUGUCCCAGGGCCUUUCACCUUGCCUGCCUGGUGCCCCCGUUGCCCUGUGUCCCCAGGUGAGACCUGGGGCACCACAGGGACCCCUAUACUCCACUACUGUGUCUAACCACCCUGCUCUGCCUGUUCAGUGGGACAUGGUGGUGUGGCUACUGCACGGAGAGCAGGACAGAGCCUGGACAUCUGCAGGAGGUUGACAUGGCUACAGGGAGAACUUCAGAGGUCCUGGGGGAGAUGACAUGUGACACCGGGCGGGAUGAAGGUGAUGGGAAUAUCUGUGGCCGCUGCUUCACCCGGAUCCCUGCACCUCAAUACCACCCCAUGCCUCGUGGGGACCCAAGGUGAGCCCCACACCAGCUUCACCAUCCUGGCCUUCAAUCCUCCCUGGAGGAGUCUGCCCUGACAGUCUUCCUCACCUGGGUGGUUCUAGGGACCUGCUGCUCUGCCCAUCCUGCACACAUAUCACAGACACAGGCAGCCUGGAGAAAACCACAGCAGCCAGUGACCCCCUGCUACAGGCAGCAAAGGCAGAGGAUGUAUGCCCCAGCAGCGAUCCCAUGAUGACCAGGGAUGAGCUUGACGUGCUCCUGGGUGAGGUACAGCACCUGCGGGGUGGGAACACC